AGUCGUGAAAUGUUUGUCUUAUUUGUCAAUUUGAACAUUUUACAGCAGUAGCCGCAGUAUAACCAAUUUAUGCGAUUUUCCUCCUGCAAUAAUAUCCUUUGGUACUAACACGGAUCUAAUAAAACUCGGCUUCAAAAUGAUGGAAACUGAGUGUUGCUGCCGAAUUUGUUUACGUGCCGAAGUCGGACAGGAAAUGGUUUCAGUAUUCCGCAAGCGGAAUAAUGAACUGAUCGCCACUAUGUUGAUGGACUGUGGUGAUGUUCUGGUUUCAAAAGAUGACGCGAUGCCGGGAAGGGUUUGCAUGGAGUGUUUAGAUCGACUCGAACAGGCGUACAACUUACGUAGACUAAUUCAAAAAUCAGAUUCAUCUUUACGCAAGAUAAGCAAAAAACGCGUGCACAUAAAACCGUUCUUUCCGAGCAUUGCGUUGGAAAAAGAGCCGGAGAUAAAAUGUGAAAAUCAUGAUAAUAGUGAUAAAAGUAAAUCAAACAUUUUGAACAGUGAUAAUAUUAAAAGCAUUAUUGCGAAAGAUACAUACACUAUUAUACAUUUAAAAGGGGUUCGAUGUUGUGGCUGUAAAUUGCUCUUUGAUUCCCCAAGGCUACUUGAGCAGCACUGCGCUGAGACUCAUCAUCUGAGUGCGGCUUCGAACAGUAAGGAUACAAAUGCUUUUCAAUGCUCGAGUUGCCUCGAGAUUUUUCCGAACAGAAUGAAGCUGCUGAACCACACUAAGACUUUUCAAUCUAAUCACAUAUAUCAUUGUACACAAUGCGAUAUAACGUUUGAUGUCGAAUAUCGUUUGCAACAACAUCAGAGUCUCAGUAAGGCUCAUCGUAAUCGAAAUCAGGCAGGCGAAACUGCCACAACGGCAUUCGAAAGCCUUACCAAAGUCCGGUCAAAAAUAAAACGAUCUGUUUGGCGUAAACGAGUUACCAGAGAGUUGAAAUACCCUGAUCAGAAAAAUAUAGUAGGUAUUGAUGAAACGGCGGAAUACCAAAUUAUUCACGUAGGUGGAGAACGAUGUUGCGGAUGUGAACUUAUAUUUGCUAGUUUACAGGAACUGAAAGAUCAUUGCAGUGAAGAGCAUCAUAGAACCGACGAGAAAGGUUCGUUCGAGUGUAGGCUGUGCUAUGAGAAGUUUGAGCAAAUACAGUCAUUCAAUAGACAUAAUACUGCUCGAAAGCACAAGCAGUUAUACUUUUGUAAAAUGUGCAAUGUGGUAGUUGAUGUGCAAUUUCGUUUCGAUCAACAUUUGAAAACCAGUGUCGCACAUAAAAAAGCGCUUGCUCAAGCAGGAAUUGAGCCAUCAUUAUUGCCUGAGGAAUGUUCGAACGAAAUGCGUACUCUUGAUUCUUGCAUUAUCGAUGAGGAAAUUCUGGAUUUUCGCUGCUGUGGUUGUAAUUACACCUGCGAUAGUAGGGAAAAGUUGGAGGAGCAUUCUGAAGAGAUACAUCGAGCAACAGAAACUAUACUUGAUGAAACUGAACCGCAUGAGUGCACUAUUUGUUUUAAACGCUUUAGUACACCAGAGCUUCUUGUGUAUCAUCGCAACGCAGCAUUGCAGAGCACUGUCUAUAGAUGCAAGUAUUGUGACAUGCAAUCGGAGAUAAAAUAUCGUGUUAUGCAGCAUCUGGCUAGUGGCGUGCAUCAAGACUUUGUCAGAAUGGAAAGGAGAGUAUUUAAUGCGGAAGAAAAGGGCUACAUUUGUUGCUUUGUAAAAUGUACCUUAGUGUUUCCAGAUUCCAACGACUUGGUGGAGCAUGCAGAAGCUGUCCAUGCCUCUAAGCGUCGGGAGAACGCCGAAGAAAGGGAACACGAAGAUUUUAUAUGCUAUGUAUGUCACAAAAGUUUUCGGAACGAAAAGUCGUUAUAUUUCCACCAGUUUCCGCGCAAAUUGGAUAUGCACUGUGCAUGUAAGGAUUGCGGAGCAACCUUUUCAAACAGUGCUGCGCUAAACGCCCAUGAAAAAACUCACAUCGGACUGCGAGAGUUUCAGUGCGAUGUUUGCGGAAAGGCUUUCUUUGACGAGAAGGCCCUUCGAGUACACAAAGUGUGCCACAACUCUGAACGCCCAUAUGUGUGUGAGGUUUGCAACAAAUCUUUCUUGCGAAAAGGAAACUUAAAGGUACACAAACGUUGCCAUGCCGAAAGCAUCUGGGAUUGUCCCCACUGUGACGAAAAAUUUAAAACAAAGCAAUCACUUGUCCUACACAUACGGUACCAUACGGGCGAAAAACCAUUUCAGUGCCGAUACUGUAGCAAUCGCUACAGUCACACAACAGAUCGCCAGCGGCACGAAAUGGCUGCCCACACGAAGGUGCGGCCGCAUAAAUGUUCCAAAUGCCCGGCUGCCUUUAUUCGAAAGCGUCAACUGACGAUGCAUCAGCGUGUUCAUACUGGCGAGCGACCAUUUGAGUGUGACAUCUGUCACAAACGCUUCAUGCAGAAGAAUAACUUGGCGAAACAUCUUACAUUACACAAAGAACGAGAACAAGAGAAGUACGAAGAAACUAAUCAUUCAAUUGAGGUGGUAGAAGUUAUAACUGGCGAUACCGAAUAUUUGAUUGAAGAAGUGCUUGAGGAGAAUGGCUCGGAUGACGAUAGUAGUUGUAUAGAAAAUCAAGAUGAAGGUUGAUUUAUGUCCAAUAAAUUUCGCAAAGCAU